GCGGCGGGCGGCGCUGCGUGGAGGGGUGCGCCCAGCGCGGCAGUCUCGUGCCGGUAGUCGGUAGUGCAGCCGAGCGACUUCGGGAAUCGUCCCCGCCGCGUCGUCGCUCGCUCGUAGUCGUAGUGCGCCCGAAGGCCCGCCCCACGCCGCCGGCGCUCGAGCCCAUGGAAACCCAGAGCCAGGAUGUCACCCACAGCCCCGCCGAGGUGCCCAACGAUCCGGGGAAGAUGUUCGUCGGGGGCCUCAGCUGGCAGACUAGUCCAGAAAGCCUACGAGACUACUUUAGCAAAUUUGGCGAAAUCACAGAAGUUAUGGUUAUGAAAGAUCCUACAACGCGGCGGUCGCGGGGUUUCGGUUUCAUCACAUUUGGCGAUCCAGCUAGUGUAGACAAAGUUUUAGCUCAAGGCACACACGAAUUAGAUGGCAAAAAGAUUGAUCCAAAAGUGGCUUUCCCCAGAAGAGCACAUCCAAAGAUGGUGACCAGGACAAAGAAAAUUUUUGUCGGAGGGCUCUCAGCACCCACAACGCUUGAAGAUGUAAAGAAUUAUUUCGAACAGUUUGGACCGAUCGAGGACGCCAUGCUAAUGUUCGACAAACAAACCAAUAGGCACAGAGGUUUCGGCUUUGUCACAUUUCAAAGUGAAGAUAUAGUGGACAAAGUGUGCGAGAUACAUUUUCACGAAAUUAACAACAAAAUGGUGGAGUGCAAAAAGGCUCAGCCGAAAGAAGUGAUGCUUCCAGCGAACCUGGCAAAGACGAGAGCCGCCGGUCGCGGCGCGUACGAUUUCAUGUGGUCAUUGGGUGCUCUUCCUGACGGUUUCCCCGCUGCGUACGCCGCCUACGCGGCCGGCCGUAGCUACUCGGGCUAUCCUAGCUUCGGGCUGCCAUACCCAGCAGUUGACCUGACCAACGGACAACUCACGCCCAACAACAAUACACCGCUGCUCGCUCAGGCUCUCUCAGUGAUGAACAACUACCAAGCGGCCGCCGCCGGGUUCGGUCCGCCAGCAUCGCCGCACGCGGCUGGCGGGCGUGCCGGCUUCCCCGCCGCCAGCUCGCCGGGACCCGCGCUCGAUGUGUAUGGCUCCGCCGCCGACAGCGUGGGCUACGUGCAAGCCGCCAGCCCGCAGCCCUCCGGCUUCCCCGCCAUCGCCGUCAGCCGCGCGCCCCUCAACUACACCCCAGGGCCCCUGAUUCCUGCGGCAUUUACCAAUGGUUAUCAUUGAAAAUGUUUAGCACAAAUAUAUAACGUGGCGAGCGGCACGGCGACGCGUAGCGAGCGUUGACGCCGGCAAUAGUCGCAACAUACCGCAGUUUUUGUGCCGCAAAUUUGAAUCCAGGCAACCGCUGCGAUGCGUUUGCGGCGGCAGCCCACGGCCCAGACCGCACUUCACCCGUCAACCAGCUGCAGUCGCCGCGCAGUCGCCACGCAGCUGCCGCUAUACCGCCGUGCAGUGGCCGCCCAGUUCGCGCAGUCCACACGCAGUUCGCGCGGUCGCACGCCGCAUCGGCGACGGUCGUCUAAUCCGUCCGGCCACCGCGCGGACCGAUCCGUCGACCGCGGCAUCUCAAUCUCACACUGUACCCUUUUCCUCUUUGACCCCACUCUCCCAUUUCCUUACAUCGUUCCUUUAAUCCAAAAAUACCGACUCUAUUGUAAAUAACGAUAUUCUACUUUUUGUCGUGUAAACGAGAGAUAAUCUAUUAAUUAAACAGGUAUUUUUUCAAAUUUUUCUCGCUUCGUCUGUACUGUAGAUGUGUUGUCAGAAUAAUAAUAAACUACAAAAAAAAUACAUUACAUAAUUAAAUAAAUGCAUCUAGUGGAGUUUACUGCAGGGAGGUAUUAUAUCUUAAUAAAGAUUUUAUUAUUCAUAGUUAUUAAAUACAGUGUAAGGUGUAUCCCGCACGCCCAAUGUCAACGUGCGGGACUUACUUUCGUUAGUUAGUCAGUUUUUGGUGUGAGACAAAUAUGCUCAGCACCGAUUUGGUAUUAAGAUUUAUUUAGGAUGCUUGUACGACACUUUGAAAUGUUCAGAAUUAAUAAGAGAUUCAUGUUAUUGGCAAUAAGCUUUUGUCCCUCCCUCAUGUUCCGCGUGUACAGAGUUGAGUUUGUCGGUAGCGGUUUAAGUAGGUAAUGCCGGUGCGGACGCGACCUGCGACGGCGACGUGACGGCGACGCGCCAAUGGCGCGGCUGUUACGCAGCUGCGGUCCGGCUACGACGCGGCUGUAGCGCGACGUGACCCCUACGCCAUGGCGACGAGUUUGCUGAACCGGAGACAAUAACGCCGCUCGCGACCGCUGCGUCCGCCGCGUUUCUUUUCGCUCGUCCACCAUCACAUAUUUUAUUCUAUCUAUUUUAAUAUUAAUGUCAAAUAUGAAUUAACAUAAUUACUAUACUACUGCAUAUUUUAAAUAAUCGAU